AUGUACGCUUCUCGACGCGAAAUUCCCUGCGUUUGUGUGGCGUUCCAGAUUCGGCGGCGGCGGCGGCAGCGGCCGGGCUGGCGCGGCGCGCGUGCGGGCGGGCGCGGCCGGCGGCGGGGCCGGCGGCGGCCGCGCGUCCGUGGCGGCGGCGUUGGGCGGGCGGCGGCGCGGGCGGGCGGCGCGGGCGUGGGCGCGGGCGAUCGCGCCGCCGACGUGUGCGAGGGCUGCGGCCAGAAGAUCCACGACCGCUUCCUGAUGCGCGUGGCCGACGGCAGCUGGCACGAGCACUGCCUGGCGUGCAGCGAGUGCGGCGUGCUGCUGUCGCGCUCUUGCUACUGCCGCAACGCCAAGCUCUACUGCAAGGCCGACUACGACCGGAAGUUCGGUGCCAAGUGCUCGCGCUGCGGGGACCGCGUGCUGGCGCAGGAGCUGGUGAUGCGGGCGCAGGGGCUGGUGUUCCACCUGCAGUGCUUCGCGUGCGUGGUGUGCUGCCAGCCGCUGCAGAAGGGCGACCAGUUCGUGGUGCACGCGGGCCAGCUCUUCUGCCGGCCCGACUUCGAGAACAAGCUGUACAUGCUGCAGGCCAGCCCCGCCGGUGAGCCCAACCUCGCGCACUGCGCCGCAGGCUGCGUUCGCGGGCGAACACGCCCGUACACGUGGUGGGAACACGAGCGUUUGCAACCACGUUGGUUUAGUUUAUUGUGCUCACAGGGGACGAGCUGCUGGACGAGAACAGCCGCCGCGCGACGGGCGGCGCGGCCCAAGCGGCCGCGCACCAUCCGCACGUCGGCGCAGCGCCGCCAGUUCAAGGCGUCGUUCGAGAUCAGCCCAAGCCCUGCCGCAAGGUGCGCGAGGCCCUCGCCAAGGAGACGGCCUGAGCGUGGCGCUGGUGCAGGUGUGGUUCCAAAACAGCGCGCCAAGAUGAAGAAGCUGCAGCGCAAGGCCAAGCAGGAGGCCGACCAGAAGUCCGCCGGCGACAGGACAAAGGACGGCAAGGAGGAGAAGGCCAUCAAGCAGGAACUGCGACCGCAGAUCACACCCUACCCGGCGCACUCGGGCGACAGCUUCUGCAGCUCCGACAUCUCGCUGGACGGCAGCACCAACUUCGAGCAGCUGGACGAGGGCGGCGCCGACUCGCUGGCGCUGCACAACCUCGACCUGCCGGCGGCGGCGCCCAGCGACGGCCUGCUGCCGGGCCUGGUGCAGGUCAACCCCAUCGACAAGCUGUACCUUAUGCAGAACUCGUACUUCAGCACCGAGCAGUGACAGGGCGCGGGCGCGG